AAGAGAUAAAUGUCUAAGUACCAUUUGAGAAAAGGCUGGAUGGUGAUAAAUAGCAUGGCAGGUUCUGCUGGAGAUGCUUUUGCUGCCCCGUGGCGAUUUGGAUUCACGCACCGCGCUGCUCCCUGCAGCCUUCGCGCCUAGGUACUCUUCAUCACUAUGAUCUUGUUUCAUACAGGGACCUUAGCCCACUUGGUCAGUAGAUGUUAGAUCUUCCUUGUGAAGCCUAAUUGAGUUGGAAACUUCCUACCACUAUGGGUUGGGGCUGGUGACUGUGUUUGCCCACCAGGUCUAAGUUCAUGGUGUGCCAAGGACAGAUGUGAAGCGGGUCUUCAGCUCCAUAUUGAUGUGGUAUCUUCUUAACGCAUCGCGACGCCCUGAGCCCACAGCAGCACAGGAUAUGGAGGCUCUUGAAGUGGACGACAUCAGCCCUGCCUUGGAAGUCACAGAGGACUUUUUCAGUAGUUUUGAUACUAAGCUUGAAAAGAUUGUGCAGCCCUCUGAGGUGUAUGGUGUACAGGAGGUCCCUGAACUGGUUGGGCGUGAGGUGUUUGAUCAGAUAACGGAGAGCAGGAACCUGAGGAACGUCGCCUCCUUAGCCAAAGGCAGCCUCAUCUGGGAUCACUGCAAAAAUGGCCUCUUGGAAACCAAAGCUCAGACAGCAUUCCCUGCCAAAGACCAACACGUGGUGCAGAGGGGAACAGCUGCUGACAGCCUCGCUUGGGCAGGGGAAGGGGAGAACACAGCUUUUAAUAUCUUCAGGAUCUGCCAGCGGCGCAGAGACAGGCCUCGCUCAGUGAACGACAUCCUGGUGCAGAGUGAGGAAGCCUCCAUGUUCAAACCAGGCCACAACAGGUCACGCUCUGAUAUCAGCCAUGUCAACUGGAGAGUGGUCUUCACAGGCACCUCCCUGCAGCAGCCACCUGCACCUGGGCAGGACAAUAACUGUGCUCUGCUUUCCUACCUGGCAUUAACCAAGGGAGAGGACAUCCAAGGAAACACAGAACACAAGACCGUGUUCCCAAAUCUUCUGAAGAAGGGAUACUUGGAAGUUAGAAGAGACAAUGACAGCUACUGGCAAACCUGUUACGCUGAGCUCUCCCAGUACAAACUGUACCUGUAUUGCUUGGACAGCAGUGGCAACCAGACUCUUCCCACCGUGUAUCCACUCAUGCGUUUUCAAAGGGUCACUGUUACCGGUGGUGUUGAAACCAAGGUGGUGGACACUGUCCUGUCAGACAGCUCACAGCUACAGCUGAAGGCAGAGUCCCCGUGGGAGACUUUGGACUGGGGGCAGAAACUUUGGGAGGCAGUGCGUGCUUCUGUGCCUGCCUUUACAAGACAGCAGGAGAAACUGGAGAAUGUGCCAAAGCCUGAAAAUAACAGUGAUCUUUCUCAAACUAAUGGAUUGUUAGAGAAUCCUAUGGAGCUCUUCCUAUCCAUGAAUUUGACUGAAAACACUAAAGAGUACCAAAAUAUUUUGAAAUCAGGGACUCUCUACAGGUUAACCGUCCAGAAUAACUGGAAGGCGUUUACUUUUGUCUUGAACAGGUCUUAUCUCAUGGCAUUCCAGCCGGGUAGGCUUGAUGAAGAUCCCCUGCUGAGCUACAAUGUGGAUGUGUGCCUGUCAGUGCAGACAGAUACUCAGGAUGGCUGUGACUCUUGCUUUCAGGUCAUUUUCCCCCAGGAUGUGCUGCGCCUGCGUGCAGAGACCCGUCAGAGGGCCCAGGAGUGGAUGGAGGCGCUGAAAGCAGCAGCCAACGCUACUCGAAGUUUAACUCAAAACCCACAGGUCACGCUUAGGAGCAAACCUGGAGAUCGGCCCUUUGGAAGUGAGCUUAGAAAGAGCAAGCGCCAGUCUGUGACCACCAGCUUCCUGAGCAUCCUGACCACUCUGUCUCUAGAGAGAGGGCUCACAGUUCAGAGCUUCAAGUGUGCAGGCUGUCAGCGCUCCAUAGGUUUAUCCAAUGGGAAAGCCAAGGUGUGCAGCUACAGUGGAUGGUACUACUGCAGCACCUGCCAUGUGGAUGACAACUUCCUUAUCCCUGCACGGCUGGUUCAUAACUGGGACACUUCCAAGUACAAGGUAUCAAAACAAGCCAAAGAGUUCCUGGAAUAUGUUUAUGAGGAGCCAUUAAUUGAUAUCCAACAGGAAAAUCCCAUGUUGUACAGUCAUGUUGAACCUCUGGCAACUGUUGUCCGCCUGAGGCAGCAGCUAAAAUCUCUGCGAGCCUACUUGUUCAGCUGCAGAGCAGCAGUGGCUGAAGAUCUGCGUAGAAGGAUCUUUCCCAGAGAGUAUCUUCUACAGCAAAUCCAUCUUUAUUCUCUGGCAGACCUUCAGCAGGUUAUUGAAGGAAAGCUGGCUCCUUUCUUGGGGAAGGUGAUCAAGUUUGCCUCCUCUCAUGUGUACAGCUGCAGCCUUUGUAGCCAAAAGGGUUUCAUCUGUGAGAUUUGCAACAAUGGAGAAAUCCUUUACCCCUUUGAGGACAUUUCUACAAGCAGGUGUGAAAGCUGUGGUGCUGUCUUCCACUCUGAGUGCAAAGUGAAGGCUGUACCAUGCCCCAGGUGUGUGCGUAAGGAAUUGCAGAAGAAGCAGAAAUCCUUCUGGAGGCAACUGAAUAUGGAUGAGAACUUCGAGGAGUCUUGCAACAUGUUUGAAUUGUCAUAUCAGAACACAUGAGUUCCUUAAGGCAGUGGCCAGCCUGAAGAGAAUCCCUCUCCCAGCUGUCAGCUGAAGCAAAUUCUCAGCUUAGACAAGCAGAAAUUGUUUUGAAAAAUAUUACCUGAUCUUCUUCAUCUGUGAAUAAGAGCUGUCAAAGUGGCCAUAAAGCCUUGCUGGCUUUGAAAUAACAGUGGCUAAACAGCAUUGAAGUCCAGCCGUUAGCUCUCACACAAAAUGUGGUUUAUGAGAAAUGCUUUAGGUCUAGCUAAUUAAGUACCCAACUUUCUUUUCCACCUCUGGAGAAGACUUUAUCUCAAGGCAGAAAAUAUUUGCUGCCAUGACCGCAUUAUUUUUUUUGUUGUUCAUUUAGAAUUGAUGAGUCAUCUACUUAUUUAUGUGUAUUAUUUAUUUAUUAGUAGCCUUGGCAGGGGUUCUGGUGAGGUGUUUCACAGAGCCCAAUAGAGCAGGAAUUAUUUUAAAUCCACUAUCUCCUCCUGAUAGUGACAUGUGGUUCCAUUUCCUCAUGUUUUCAGAGAACUAUCUUAAAGGAUCAGUGCAUUUACAUUUUAAAGGAUCUCCUUGCCAAGGAAAGAAAAGGUUCUCCCACUAAACCUUAUUCGGGGUGCUUACAAACUUAAGACACAGAAUAAUUCCUUCAGUUAUGUUUAUAUAUUUAUAACCACCACAGUGAACUACUCCAUAUUCAGAUAAGCAGGAAACUUGCUACUCCUUUUUGUUCAGGGUGGGAAUGUCAGUUAAGCUCUGUCACUGAAGUCCUUUGAGAUUUAUGCUGAGUACUCUCAAUUUAUGGGAGGCUAUGUCCUUGUCUGUAGUAACAUGAUGUUGGUUCUCCUCUUUCCACUCUGAAACUUUAGGGCAUUUUAAGAGUUCACAUUGGUUUUCUUUUUAUGUCAUGAAGUUUACUUCAAAUGUUUUUCUAAUCCGAACCUGUUAAACUGAUAGUCAGGAAAGUGGUCUUGCCCAUUUCAGUUAGCAAAUACCUCCAAAAUUGUGAAACACUAGUUUGCUGUUUUCAUAUGCAACUUGUGUCCUGCAUUCUCUUUGAUCUCCAAGACAUCUGUAGUUCUGUAGUGACUUCCAUGGUGGACAGUGAAGUUCCUCGAGGUAUGAUUCUGCUUCACACACCUGGAACACAGGGAAGUAUUAAACACAGUGAAUUAUUUUGUAAAGGGAAGUACAAAAUGGAUUUAACUGGGGAGGCAUGUGUCUUUACUGGCAGUAUGUUUAAUUCAUGGUGAGUUCACCUCCAAUGAGCAGCUAGAUUGUCUCCCCCCAAUUCACAUUCCUGACUCUUUUCCACACCCUGCAAUGAUAUGUUUAUUACAUACCAGUGAAAGCAUUCAUAUAUAUAUACACACACAUCUAUAUACAGAAAGCAAAUACAGUUUCAGGAGAAUAAUGCCAGUUGCAUGUGUAUUUUUCCUCUUCUCUCACAUAGGUUUGUGAAAAUAUGGAAUACUGAUUUUUGCUUCCUAUAUAAUCUACAGACUGUUGUA